AUGUACGCUAUGACCCCUCUCGAAAUGGAGGAACUACAAGAGUAUGUGAACAAGAACCUAGCAAGAGGCUUCAUUGAACUGGCUAAAUCCCAGGAGACAGACAGCGAAGGUUAUGCCUUCCUCCUUUUCCAAGAGGAGAGCUCUGUUCAAGCCCUGAUCAAUGCUUGCCUUGAAGAAGAUGGAAAGCUUUAUUUGUGUGUUUCCAGCCCUACUAUCAAGGAUAAGCCUGUUCAAAUCCGCCCCUGGAACUUAAAUGAUAGUGACUUUGUAAUGGAUGGUUCACAGCCUUUGGAUCCUCGAAAAACCAUUUUUGUUGGUGGUGUUCCCAGGCAGUUACAAGCUGUGGAAUUGGCUAUGAUAAUGGCCCGUCUCUAUGGUGGAGUGUGUUAUGCAGGAAUUGAUACUGAUCCUGAACUAAAAUACCCCAAAGGUGCUGGACGAGUGGCUUUUUCCAAUCAACAGAGCUACAUUGCAGCCAUCAGUGCCCGGUUUGUUCAGCUUCAACAUAGUGAUAUUGAUAAACGAGUGGAGGUAAAACCAUAUGUGUUGGAUGACCAGAUGUGUGAUGAAUGCCAGGGUGCACGAUGUAGUGGAAAGUUUGCUCCCUUUUUUUGUGCCAAUGUUACUUGCCUGCAGUAUUACUGUGAGUUUUGCUGGGCAAACAUCCACUCUCGGGCAGGGCGUGAAUUCCAUAAGCCGUUGGUUAAGGAGGGGGCAGACCGGUCACGGCAGAUCCACUUCCGCUGGAAUUGA